AUGAGUGCAUCGCCGCUGCUGGCCGUCCCGACGGACGUGUUGGCAGCCUCGUCUGCGGCAUCGUCUCGACCGGCAUCCACCCUGCCCUCGCGGCCACCGACACAUUCGAAUGGCGGCACACCACGAGGCGGAGCCACGGCGCCGGCGGGGGCAAAGCCACAGCCGCCCCGACAUCCGAUCACAAUGGAUGUCGCCGAGCGCCUGAACGAGGAGGAAAAGAACAAGUACAUUCGAGGCAAGGAGCUCGGCGAAGGCACCUACGCCGUCGUCUACGAGGGCCGUUUGCGUGCCGACCCGACGCAGCUCGUCGCCAUCAAGAAGAUCAAGGUCCAAAAGGAGUACAGCGACGGCAUCGCGCCCGACGCCGUCCGCGAGAUCAAGUUUUUGCAGGAACUGCACCACACCAACAUCAUCCGCAUGCACAGCGUCUACAGCACCCGCGACCAGAACCUGUGUCUCGUCCUCGAACAUCUCCCCCGCGGCGACCUCGAAAUGCUGAUCCGCGACACUGCCGCCGUCCGCUACGGCGCCGCCGACAUCAAGGCCUGGAUGGGCAUGCUCUGCCGUGCCGUCGCCUUCUGCCAUGACCGCGCCGUGCUGCAUCGCGACAUCAAGCCCAACAACUUGCUGGUCGCCGCCGACGGCGCCCUCAAGCUUGCCGAUUUCGGUCUCGCCCGGUCGUGUGCCGACCCCUACCGGCCCAUGACCGCCAACGUCAUUACCCGCUGGUAUCGCCCGCCGGAGCUGCUGUUCGGUGCGCGCCACUACACUGGCACCGUGGAUGUGUGGUCCGUCGGCCUCGUCUUUGCCGAGCUCGUCAUCCGCAACCCGUACCUGCCGGGCAACACCGAGGUCGAGCAGAUCGGCCUCAUCUGCCGCGCCCUCGGCACGCCCAACGAGGACAACUGGCCCGGCGUGACCCGCCUCGACUCAUACACCGUCCCCACCGACCGCGUGUACCCCGUGGCCACGCGCGACACCUUCCUGGGGCCCUUUGGCACCGUGGGCUCCGAGGGCGUCGACUUGCUGAUGAAGACGCUUGUGCUCGACCCGCGGCGCCGCAUCACGGCGCGCGCUAUGCUGGCUCACCCGUGGUGGCACGCCGACCCGCGCCCGACCCCCGUCCAGGAUCUGCCGCGGCGCAAUGUGGCGGCCGCCGAGAAGGAGAAGGAGCGCGAGCGGGAGGCCACCCGGAUGGCCGCUGACCUCAAACGGCGGCCCGGCGCCGUGGGCGGUGGCAGCGGGGCCAACACGGGCGACGAACAAGACCGCGGUGCCAAGGUUGCCCGCCGGCUGGAUUUCGGACGGAAGUAG